UUGGCAUUGAGCACAGAGAAGCCCUGGCACUUCACGACCUCCUCGUGUUCUGCUUCGUCUUUUAUUUUAUUUCUCUUUUGGGGGUAACCCCUGACUAUGCAAUUCUGAAAACUCCCCAUUCAGGGGGCCCACACCGCACCGCCCUCUAGGACACCCCCCAUUUCCAGUCUCCCUUCCUCUCUCUCUCUCUCUCGCUCCCGCCCUGGUGUUCAGAGAUCUGAACUCUGAAGGAUUCUCUUCCCCACCUCCGAACGCCUUUCACCAUUAAGAGGAAAGCGAUGGAGGAGCUGAGCGCUGAUGAGAUCCGACGGAGGCGCCUGGCACGACUCGCCGGAGGACAGACGUCCCAGCCCACCACCCCGCUCACAUCUCCCCAGCGGGAGAACCCCCCAGGUCCCCCCAUCGCAGCAUCCGCCCCGGGACCCUCACAGAGCCUUGGACUCAAUGUCCACCCCAUCACCCCCGCUACCUCCCCCAUCGGUGCAACAGGCGUGGCUCAUCGGAGCCAGAGCAGCGAAGGCGUCAGCUCGCUCAGCAGUUCACCCUCCAACAGCCUCGAAACCCAGUCUCAGUCACUCUCCCGCUCGCAGAGUAUGGACAUUGAUGGCGUCUCCUGUGAGAAGAGCAUGUCCCAGGUGGAUGUGGAUUCAGGGAUUGAAAACAUGGAGGUCGAUGAGAAUGACCGACGGGAGAAAAGGAGCCUCAGCGAUAAGGAGCCUUCAUCAGGGUCGGAAGUGUCCGAAGAACAGGCCUUGCAGCUGGUCUGUAAGAUCUUCCGUGUCUCCUGGAAGGACCGUGACAGAGACGUCAUCUUCCUUUCAUCUCUCUCCGCGCAGUUCAAGCAGAACCCAAAAGAAGUGUUCUCGGACUUUAAGGAUUUGAUCGGCCAGAUCUUGAUGGAGGUGCUGAUGAUGUCCACGCAGACUCGGGAUGAAAACCCGUUCGCCAGUCUGACGGCCACGUCCCAGCCCAUUGCUGCGGCCGCCCGGUCCCCGGAUCGAAGUCUCCUGCUCAACACCGGCUCCAACCCGGGCACGAGCCCUAUGUUCUGCAGCGUGGGCUCCUUCGGCGCUGGCUCCUUGUCCAGCCUCUAUGACACUAGUCCAGCUCCCAGUGCGAGCGCCUGGAGCUCACUGCCAGCAUCGAGUCCCUGUCUGGCCUCACCUACCCGGCCAGUCCCCCAGACGGCCACCCCCUCCCUGUGGCUGGGUCCGGCAAUUGUGGGGAGCCAACCCACUUCGCCACGGUACCGACCCUACACGCUCAGCACCCUCUGGGGUCCUUCCUCUGCGCCCAGGUCUUCGGGCAUCUCCACUCUGUCAAGCUCGCCUAGUGUGUCCUUCCCGGCCAGCAGCCCUCAGGGAGCGCCUGCCAGCUGGUCUAUACAGAGACCCCCCGACAGUGGCCCCCCUGUACUGUCUGCCUCCCCCAGCCGUGGCACCUCCUUCCAGAGGAUCUCUCCUAGUCUGGGCGCUUCCGGUGGGGCGAGUACGUGGGACUCGUACAGCGACCAUUUCACCAUCGAGACGUGCCGAGAGACAGACAUGCUCAACUACCUCAUCGAGUGCUUCGACCGGGUGGGCAUAGAGGAGAAGAAGGCGCCAAAGAUGUGCAGCCAGCCCGCCGUGAGCCAGCUCCUGAGUAACAUCCGCUCGCAGUGUAUCUCCCACACGGCGUUGGUGCUGCAGGGCUCCCUCACUCAGCCAAGGUCUAUGCAGCAGUCGUCCUUCCUGGUACCCUAUAUGCUCUGUCGGAACCUCCCUUACGGCUUCACUCAGGAGCUCGUGCGAACCACUCAUCAGGAUGAAGAAGUGUUUAAGCAGAUCUUUAUCCCCAUUUUACAAGGCCUGGCUCUAGCUGCCAAAGAGUGUUCCCUGGACAGCGACUACUUCAAAUACCCGCUCAUGGCUUUAGGGGAACUCUGUGAGACCAAAUUUGGGAAGACUCACCCCGUGUGCAAUCUGGUCGCUUCUCUGCCACUGUGGUUGCCUAAGUCCUUGAGCCCAGGCUCCGGGCGGGAGCUACAGAGACUCUCCUAUCUGGGGGAUUUCUUCAGCUUCUCAGUCUUUGCUGAGGACGAUGCUAAAGUGGUGGAGAAAUAUUUCUCAGGGCCUGCCAUAACCCUGGAGAACACGCGUGUGGUCAGCCAAUCGUUGCAGCAUUACUUGGAGCUGGGACGGCAAGAGCUCUUCAAGAUCCUGCACAGUAUUUUGUUGAAUGGGGAGACGCGGGAGGCCGCUCUGAGUUAUAUGGCAGCUGUGGUCAACGCCAACAUGAAGAAGGCCCAGAUGCAGGCCGAUGACCGGCUCGUGUCGACAGACGGAUUCAUGCUGAAUUUCCUCUGGGCGUUGCAGCAGCUGAGUACCAAGAUCAAGUUGGAGACAGUAGAUCCCACAUACAUCUUCCAUCCACGCUGUCGGAUCACACUCCCCAGUGAUGAGACUCGGGUCAACGCCACAAUGGAGGACGUGGCCGAGUGGCUGGCUGAGCUCUAUGGAGACCAGCCGCCGUUUUCUGAGCCGAAAUUCCCCACGGAAUGCUUCUUUCUCACCCUGCACGCCCACCACCUCUCCAUUCUGCCCAGCUGCCGGCGCUACAUUCGCAGACUUCGUGCCAUUCGGGAGCUGAACAGGACCGUAGAAGACCUAAAGAAUAAUGAGAGUCAGUGGAAGGACUCUCCACUGGCCACGAGGCACCGUGAGAUGCUGAAGCGUUGCAAGACUCAGCUCAAGAAACUGGUCCGCUGCAAGGCCUGUGCUGACGCGGGGCUGCUGGACGAGAGCCUCCUGCGGAGAUGCCUCAACUUCUACGGGCUCCUCAUCCAGCUGCUGCUCCGUGUGCUGGACCCCGCCUACCCCGACGUGACACUGCCUUUAAGUCCGGAUGUCCCCAAGGUAUUCGCAGCAUUGCCUGAGUUUUAUGUAGAAGACGUUGCUGAAUUUUUAUUUUUUAUUGUACAGUACUCUCCUCAGGUGCUCUACGAGCCCUGCACUCAGGACAUUGCCAUGUUCCUCGUGGUCAUGCUGUGUAACCAGAACUACAUCCGGAACCCCUACCUGGUGGCCAAGCUGGUGGAGGUCAUGUUCAUGACCAACCCGGCCGUGCAGCCCCGCACCCAGAAGUUCUUCGAGAUGAUCGAGAACCAUCCCCUGUCCACCAAGCUCCUGGUGCCCUCACUCAUGAAGUUCUACACAGACGUGGAGCACACGGGCGCCACCAGUGAGUUCUAUGACAAGUUCACGAUCCGCUAUCAUAUCAGCACCAUCUUCAAGAGCCUGUGGCAGAACAUCGCCCACCACGGUACCUUCAUGGAGGAGUUCAAUUCGGGGAAGCAGUUCGUCCGCUACAUCAACAUGCUCAUCAACGACACGACCUUCCUGCUGGACGAGAGUCUCGAGUCCUUGAAGCGGAUCCACGAGGUGCAGGAAGAGAUGAAGAACAAGGAGCAGUGGGAGCAGCUGCCUCGGGACCAGCAGCAGGCCCGGCAGUCGCAGCUGGCGCAGGAUGAGCGGGUCUCACGUUCCUACCUGGCCCUGGCCACAGAGACGGUGGACAUGUUCCACAUUCUCACCAAGCAGGUCCAGAAGCCCUUCCUCAGACCAGAGCUCGGCCCCCGGCUGGCUGCUAUGCUGAACUUCAACCUGCAGCAACUCUGUGGCCCCAAGUGCCGCGACCUCAAGGUGGAGAACCCCGAGAAAUACGGCUUCGAGCCCAAGAAGCUGCUGGACCAGCUGACAGACAUUUACCUGCAGCUGGACUGUGCACGCUUCGCCAAGGCCAUCGCCGAUGACCAGAGGUCCUACAGCAAAGAGUUGUUCGAGGAAGUCAUCUCUAAGAUGCGUAAGGCGGGUAUCAAAUCCACCAUUGCCAUCGAGAAGUUCAAGCUGCUGGCGGAGAAGGUGGAAGAGAUCGUGGCCCGGAACGCUCGCGCCGAGAUUGACUACAGUGACGCCCCUGACGAAUUCCGAGACCCACUGAUGGACACCCUGAUGACAGAUCCAGUGCGGCUCCCGUCUGGCACCAUCAUGGACCGUGCCAUCAUCCUGCGACAUCUGCUCAACUCCCCCACGGACCCCUUCAACCGACAGACUCUGACCGAGAGCAUGCUGGAGCCGGUGCCUGAACUCAAAGAACAGAUCCAUGCCUGGAUGCGAGAGAAGCAGAACAGCGACCACUAGCCUGGCCCUGGGCACCCUCCGCUGGCCGAAGCCCCCCCCCCCAAGCCCUCCGCGGUGACCCUGCUGUGCCCUGCGGACGCCUGGUGGCCCAGUCCUGUCACCGCCGCAGGCCCGAGUACUGGCGGAGGAGCUUCUGUGUACAUAUAUUUAAUGCCAGCACGCCCGGGGCCGAGAGAGAUUCGUCCUGCCAGGGCCACGAGAGCCCACGCCGGACACCAAGAGGGCGGCGCCUCCCUCCCUUCGUUCCUCCCGCGACCCCGUAUCUGUUGAUUUGAUGGUGAUUAGAGAAAACUUGGACAUUUUGCUGCUAAAGAAUCUUCCCACCCUCGUCUCCCUGCCCGGCCCGACUUGCACUGCUGUCGAUUUUUGGUUUUGUUUUUUGGGUUUUUUUCUUUUUGUUUUUUUACAAAAGAGAAGCAAAAACUCAAACUCCCCUCCCCGGUCCUCCAACAUAUAUUCUGUCAGAUAACUGUGCCUGCACCAAAGUGUCAAUCCCGGGAUCGUAUUUUUAUAUCAUAUUCACGUCUUUGUUUUUUUAAUUGGUGUUAGAUGACAUGAUUAAUAAAAAAGGCGAGCUAUUUUCAGAAUUCGAAUUUCAGUUUUUAUUUUUCCCCCUCCUUUUGAAAUGUCCCUUACCCUUUUUUUUUUGGUUCUAUUUUUGUUUUUCCCGUUUUUCUUUUUUUAUUCGCAAAGCGAUGAAGAGAACCAUGUUCAGGGGUGCUCCUCGCCCAAAGCCCCCUGGGGCUCAGCAGGGAGCGAGGGCCGCAUCAGGGCUCACGCCGUGGGCGGUUUUGGGGGUUGGGGGGUGUGGGUUUUUUUUUAAUGCUCCUUGACAGUUGGGAACCUUUCCAAUUCCCCUAUGAGGGGGAUAUGUUCCUCCGCUCGAGUCUGAAUUCAGCAGGAGUCUCACUACGAUGGGUCCUGUGGGGCUGGCUGGGCCUUACCAAAGCAAAACUUAAUCGGAAACUCAGAUUGUGUGUGUACAUGCAAGCACACACACACAUACAAACACGUGCUCACACAUACACAAACACGCAUGCAUACAUACACUCAAACUUACAUGCAUUCACACACACACAUACACGACAGACCCUUUUGUAUUACCGCUGCCUACGUCACAUACUUGAAUUUUGGAAUUUCCUCUGGCGUGGAAAGAGAAUCUGAAACCACGAAGUGUUCCGAAACCAUGACGUCUACAACGCAACAUCCUCCCUUUGCCUUUCUUCACCUCUCCACAGACAUUGUCCUCUGUUCGAUUCUUGACGCAAACUACAAUAAAUGAUGAAACACACUCAGAA